UAUCUAGAUAGUUUUCCUUCAACACAAUCAUCUUGAUCUAACCUCAAAUCAAUCAAAGUGUCAGUUGUCACACUUAAUUUGGUUAACAGGUGCGGCGUCGAGCUUAAAAAAAAAGAAAAUAGCUUGAUUUUGAUAUUAAAUAUAGAAACAAUGAACAACUCAAUACGCCAGCCAUACGAGGGCCUGCUGCACAAAUACACGAAUGCAAUGAAAGGCUGGCAAUAUCGGUGGUUCAUUCUAAGCCCAGAAACUGGGGAGUUGCAUUACUUUUUGAGCGAAUCUGAGAAAAAUCAGAAACCUCGAUGCUCCAUAUAUCUCGCUGGUGCUGUUAUUGCCCCCAGUGACGAGGAUUCAAAUACAUUUAUCGUAAAUUCGGCGACGGGUCACAAUUAUUUCACUACUGCCGCAGGUGACAUGAUAAAAUUGCGAGCGACUGAUGCUAGAGCUCGGCAAGAAUGGGUUGACAAAUUGAGAGCGGUUACAGAGAUGUAUACACGUGCUAUAGCCAGCAGUCAUCCACCUUUACCACCUCGAGAACAUUCUGCUAACCCCACAAGGUCCCCUGUGGCAAAACUGGAGGUCUUGGAUGCGUUUGCAAAUUGUCGAGAGCAGUUGAACAAAGCUGAAAAACACAAUGCUUCCCUUGCCCAAACAAUUGAAAAUUCUGAGCUCCAUUUGGAGCCGGAAUUAUUAAUUCUUAAAGCAAUGUCGCAUGGUACCUUACACACACUGAAUCAAUGCCUAAACAUAUUGUACCAAUAACUGUUAUGUGUGCAUUUUCAUCGCUUUGCACAGGGAGAAAAAUCAAUAUGAUGUAAUAGCGUAAUAUACAUUAGUCAACAAUAUAAAUUUCCAUUACAAAUGCUCUAGGGUCGAGAAAAUGGCAUAUAAAGAGUUUCUACUGAUACCGUGAAUAUUAGUUUUAGUGAAUCUGAAUGACUUUUCCGAUGUAAUUGAUUGUUGAAGUAAAUGUGAUUUCAUAUGCUUUGAACUGACGAUAACUGUGACAUUUUCUCAUGACCAUUACACGACGUUUACUUUUAUAAAAUAACUAGAAUCUAAAGAUUUGAACAAUAUCGCAGAUUAAUAACGUAGACUUUAAUAACAUGCCAUGUAAAUAUUUUUGUAAUAUAUAAGGGUAAGUCUUGAUAUAGCAAACUGGCAGAUUAUUAGAUGAAAUACUAGAAAAGAGGCAUAUACAUAAAUUUAAAUAGUUUUUAACUAUUUUGUUUUUAUUUUAUAAAAACAUCCAAGGAAAAUUGUAUAUAGCAAAUGAUUGCUCUUGUUAUCUACGUAUCUAUAUACUUACAUACUGAUGUAUCAUAAUUCAUCAGUUUUAUACAAUCUUAUACUUUACAAAAAUUGAUGUCACGUUGUUCAACGUGCACUUAUCAUAUCAAAGUAUUUUUAAAUACAACUGAAGCCUAUUUUGCAUUUAAAUAUUACAGACUAUCAUUUAAAAAACUAACAUUUCUUUCAAAUCACGUAGAGUAAAUAGUAUAGAAGUCCUUAGCAUUGCUUCAAGGUUAGGACGAAAAAAUUUUGGCAAAAUAAAAUGGGCAUAUCACUGCGCAUUUGUCGAUAAAAUCAACAUAUAGACUUUUGAACUGUAAACCUAUUGCUUGAUGUAAUUUUUAAUGCCGUAUUAAUUAUUAAAUUGUAUUAUUGAAUCUUCCAAAAAUGCAGUAUUGCACAAAAGGUACAAAUCUAUUUAUACUGAAAUGGAUUAUUUGUUAGUAGAUUCGUGAACAAAAAAUAUAUACAGCUUCCACAUUUG